ACAACCUCUAUCAGCAGGGGACAAACACACACUCCGACACACACAAAUUAGUGCAGGCCUGUCAUACACACAACACUCUCUCCUGGGAUAUGAACCCUCUCGCCCUCACCUGUCUCUUGUGCUUCGUCUGCAGUGCUCUGGGUGCUCAGGGGUCAGAGGCCACAUUCUCCAGUGAACUAGCUGGAGUAACAGGGGAUCCAGCCUCUGGGGAGGGGCUCCAGAGUUUGCAGAGCGACGAUGAAGAGCUGGAAAUAGACGAGGAACUUUCAGGAGGAGACAACGAAAAUGUCAGCCUCCAUGAGUUGCAUCCCAACAAAGAUGAGAAGAAGAAAAAGAAGGGCAAAGGCAAGAAGAGGAACAGGCAAAAGGCCAAGAGCACAACUCCUUUAAACCCCGAGCACACGUUCUUCACCAACGGAUACACGUCGACUUACAGCACCACAGAGGAUCCCUGCACCUCCACCCACCUGGGCUACUGCAUUCACGGUUACUGCAAGUACAUAGAGGGCCUGCAGGAGCCAGUGUGUAUAUGUAUGAAGGGUUACGACGGGGAGCGCUGUGGGAUCCAAACUCUGGAGACAAGUAAAACCCAGCCCGAUAACAGCAACAUUUCGGAGUUGGUGCAAACGGUGUUAGUGAUCAUUGCUGUGGUCCUGUCAGUCAUCAGCUGCACCGCCAUCCUGCUCAUGACCUGUGCUCAUUAUAGGUCGCAUAAAAACUUCCUGGCGUCCUAUCUGGGAACUGGGACAGAGCUUGAGAAGCUACAGAAACCAAUCGGUGACGUUGUAGUGUGAGGGCGUCAAGUAAUGAUGAGCCAGCCGCACGACUCCAAGACGAAGUAGAGCAGAGGAGUCCGAGGACCUGAGAAAGCAGUAUAGUGAAUAGACUGCUUAAUUAUAUGCUGUGGGGAAAAAACAGUUAGAAUGUAAUUUAUUUAGUGUGAUUAUUUAUUGCUAACGACUGUAUGAGUGUUUGUAUGUUGGACUAUUGUUAUGAUGUCUGUUAUGUGCAACUGCUGAACAUCCAGUUCCUUUGAUUGUGAUUGUUCUGUUGGUUUGGUUUUAUUUAUUGCACUGCUGUUGUUAUAGGUCAGAGAAAUGCUCUUCAUCUCACACUGGAAAAGGGAUGGAAUUUGAUCACUAAUAAAGUGUCUCAGUGUUA